ACGCAUGCGCAAACCAUUGUGUUGUAAAAGUCCCUGAAAAAUUUAUUUGUCACUUGGUCGUUUGCGUUUGUAUUGCGUCGGAGAAAUGAAUGAAGAAUUGAGUGAAGCGGUGAGGAGAGGUGAUAUUGAGUCAGUAACGCGUCUUUUGGAUACUCAAAUUGAUAUCAAUGCACGUGCUAAGAAUGGGGACACUCUUCUGAUACAAGCGUGUAGGAAUAAAGAGAAGGAGAUUGUUGAGUUGCUGCUCACUAAAUCAGCAGAUGUUAAUGGGACUGGCAGUUGGGGAUUUACAGCUUUGAUUGAAUCUGCAAUCGUUGGAUCAGAAGAGAUCACUGAUCUACUACUGAAUGUCAAAGAUAUUAAUGUGAUGAAGGGAGAUGAUGUGAGUUUGAGUAUUGAGAGGUUGAGUUGA